AUGCAGAUAACUUUCUUACUUUUGAAUAUUUUACCUGCAUGUUUGGGAAUAGAACUUUAUCCAUUUGGUUCUCAAGUUGGGGACGAAAAAGUCAGUAAAAACGAUGACGGUAGUUCGCCGGAUAUUCCUAUAGUAACGCAGUUCCCAUUCUUUAACCAUCAACACGACCGCCUGAUUGUCAACACAAACGGAGUCAUCUCCUUCUUAAGAACCGUUUCCACAUUUACACCGGAUCCCUUCCCACUGGAUGACAACCGAAGGCUGGUUGCUAUAUUCUGGGCUGAUGUCGACACACGAAACGGGGGCACUGUGUGGUAUCGAGAGUCAACUGACCAGUCAAUACUAGACAGAGCAACAAACGAAGUCAGAGCAUACUUCCCACAAUUCUUCCGUUUUCAAGCCACUUGGGUCUUCAUAGCUACCUGGGAUGAUGUUGCAUUCUACAAAUGUUCUCCCUGCGUCAAGAGGAAUUCAUUUCAAGGGAUUCUUAUCACAAAUGGCCAGCAUUCGUUCACUGUUUUUAAUUAUGGGAAAAUUGAAUGGACAACGGGAAAAGCCAGCGGUGGGAAUGCAAGUACCGGCCUUGGAGGAACACCUGCCCAGGUUGGUUUUAAUGCUGGAGAUGGCGAAGUAUUUUAUGUCGUUAAUGCGUCUAGAACACCAGACAUCGUCAACGUUAACCAGAUGUCAAAUAUUGGAAUAUCGGGAAAAUUUGCCUUCCGUAUUGAUGCCGCUGAGAUUGGUAAUGGUGGCUGUAAUACACAAGGCAGCUUGCAGAUUUCACCAAGGUACGGUCCGAUGCUUGGAGGUCAAUACUUAGUGAUAAGUGGACCUUGCAUUAACCCCGACGAUGUCAUCCAGAUACAAUAUUUCCCAAUGCUGACAUUGUUCCAAUGCAAACGAGAAUCAAACUACAGCGCUGUAUGCAUCACUCCCAUAUUUAACAUGACCGGUGACAUCACAGUAAAAGUCAUCAUUAGUGAUAACUAUGGAAAUAUACAACAUCAUACAGGACUCUAUCAGAUAGUGAAUCCAGCUGUGUUUAAAAAUCCUGUAAAAAGACACCAACCUCAAAACUGGUUUAGUGGACACCAGCACAUUAUUUCUUGGGAUCCUCGUGUGUUUGAACUAAAGGAUUCAGAGCAUGUUCAGAUACACCUAUUUGCUAUUAAGGAACAGUCGUACAACCAGCUUGUGUGGGAGAAAACUGUGUUGCAUGAAAACAUACCGACAAUUCUUGGAACAUAUACCAUUGGACUUCAGACAGAUGGGUAUUUGGCAGCGAUCCGUGUCACUGCCGCCCUAGAAACAGACAUUAAUUUAUCAGAAAGGGGUUGUUGGACAGAUGUUUUUGCAGUUGUUCCUCAACGUCGAAAAUCACAGCAGUUCUGUCAAAACUGGAUGAGACAUGAGUAUCGUCUUUCUGAGGUAUUUUCGCAAAACGUUCCACCCUGUCCUUGCACACUACAACAAGCUUUGAUGGACACGGCUCAAUACCAGCCUGAUCCCGACUGUAAUAUUAUUACAAAGAACAAGGAUGACGACUUCAAUUGUCUGUACAGAGCAGAUGCUCAGCACUGUGUUAGACUCAGUAUGCCUGGUCCUGAUGAUAAUGACAACGUUUGUUGCUACGAUAUAAGAGGGAACCUGAUUGACUCCCGUGUGAAGGAAGGUGGUUCUCUACAACGUUACCACUAUUUAGGAGGAGUGAGAAAUAUCCCCUAUGUUACCAACUUCUACUACGAUGUUCUUCCUUUCCUGCACUGCUGUAGGUACUAUGGUUCCAGUUCAGAUUUUGGACAACACGGACAAGUUAUUUACUCAGCGUGUCAGGAUUUCUUGCAGUUCAGAAAAGUCAGUUCAUGCUUCAACUAUAUCCCCCCACGACCAGCCGGUGCAAAUGGGGAUCCACACAUUAAAACUUUGGAUGGAUUUGGAUAUAACUUCAAUGGACUCGGAGAGUUUCAUUUUAUUGUAUCCAAAAAUAUGUUAUUCGAAAGCCAAAUCAGAUUUGAACAGGCAAGGCAUAGCAAUGGGGGUACAGUUGGUGCCAGCGUCUGCACGUCUUUUGUGGCUCGUGUUACAAAUUCGUCUGAUAAAGUUGAAGUUAUUCUGAAUUCUAUCAGAGUGGCGGACGUCCUCAUCAACGGACAGAUACAGGACUUUAGUGACGUGCCUUGGUUGAUGUAUGAUGCUGGGAUAAGGACAAAUAAUGAAUAG